GCACUCGCGCCAUUUAAACGCUACUACGAGCUCACUAGCUGGUAGUACUCCAGAAACGACACCUCGCCAACUAGUCCAGUCCAGUGCCAAAGAGCGCGGCAGCCGUUUUGGCAAGCAUGGCGGUGGUGGUGGCGGGCAGCAGGGCGAGAGCGGAGCAGGCGAGGCGGCAGUGGCGGGAGCAGGAGCCCAGAAGCCCCGAGAUGGCCGCGCCACCGCCAAGGUCGACCAUGCCGCGGCCGGCGAGGGCGGCGGCGGUCGUCUACUACCUGGCCAGGAACGGGCACCUCGAGCACCCGCACUUCAUGGAGGUCGCGCUUUCCUGCCCCGACGGCCUCCACCUCCGAGAUGUGAUGGAUCGGCUCGACGCGCUGAGAGGCAAAGGGAUGGCGCGCAUGUACUCGUGGGCGUCCAAGAGGAGCUACCGGAACGGCUUCGUGUGGCACGACCUGGCGGAGGACGAUUACAUCCACCCGGUGGUCGCCCGGGAGUACGUGCUCAAGGGCACCGAGCGCCUGCACCCGGCGCUGCUCGACGCGGCGGCCGCGUCCUCCUCGUCCUCCGCCGGCUCGCAGGAGACGCCCACCACGUCGUCCUCCGCCAGGUGGGAGGCGCACCGGAUGACGAUGAAGGGCGCGUGCGGCGGGGCUGACCUUGGCGAGUACGUGGCGGCGUACAUGGGCGAGGAGCGCGGCGCGGACGCCGCGACGCAGACCGAGGACGACGGCCGCGGCCGCCAGAGGCGCGUCCAGUCCCCCGCCGCGCAGGAGGAGCUGAGCAGGGCGGAGACGUCGCCGCCGACGGCGUCGACGAGCCCCGAGGCGCUGGCCAAGGCGGACGGGCGCGCCGUGCUGGAGGGCGCCGUCAGCGGAAGCGGCCGGGCCAGGGCGUCCUCCGUGCUGAUGCAGCUCAUCUCGUGCGGGUCCGUAUCCGUGCGGGACGCGCGCGCCUCCCCGGUGAUGCCGCGCGCGCACCACCACCACCGCCCACCCCGGCCGCCGGCCGUGGAGGCACCGUCGUACCGCCGCGCCAAGCUCGUGGUGGAGGACAAGGAGUACUUCAGCGGGAGCAUCGUGGAGACCGCGACGAAGCGCUCGCCGGCCGACGGUGUGACGUCCCGGGACGACCUGGCCGUUCUCCGGCGGUCGGCGUCGUACAACGCGGAAAGCAGGCUUUGUCAGCAGCAGGACCUUUGCUUUGAAGCAGUGGUCCAGACGCCGCCUGCGCUAGCUGCGCCUAAUCUGAUCCGUGCUGAAUGCUGAGCAGACGACAUGGCAGCAGCAGGAUGAUAAAGCUGGAGCUGGCGAAGGAGGCCGGGGACAUGCACGGCCGCUGCAUCCCGCGGAAGGCCCAAGCGCAAGGACGACGACGGAUACCUGGUCAUCUCCUGCAGCGCGCAGGGGAAUAACAAGGGAUGACGCGGGGCCGUCUUGGUUCGUUGGUAGCUAGCGCAUGGCCAUCAUCAUGCGGCGCGGCGACGAGCUUAGGCUAGCUAGCUGGUCCCCCGGCGGCCGGCGAGAACGGCGACCUGGCGAGCGUGCAUGUGUGCCUUUCUUUCUUGCGUCGGGAACAGUAAGUAGAUGAGUGUCCACCACUGCUACUCCAGUUUGGUGUCGUCUGCUUUCUUUAGAUGCUCUGAUAGCGAUUGGUGAAAUGCCUGUGAUUUUACGUGUGAGCUAGCACCUUCAUGUCGAUACGUGUUACUGCGUGUCUGCCUCGUGCUCGUUCGUGGUCUGAGCUGUUUAGUGCCUACUGCCUAGUCAUCAUCUCAUUCUCUCUUUUUGUGCUACUGGGUUUCAAAAGGCUAUUCUUCACGUGUUCA